CCAGUCUUUUACACACACACAAAUAAAAGAAGAAUCAGCAAAAGUAAAACUCUUGAGAGUUCAUACAACAACAAAAAAUAUUUGUGACUCAUAUCUAUAGUUUUUGAGUCAGUGUGGUGGUGAAAUGGCUGGAAUCGUAACAGAACCGUGGGCAUCUGCGGAGAACGGAAACGCAAGCAUGACAGCAAAAGGAUCGAGCAGAGAACUAAGACAUGGAAGAACAGCUCACAACAUGUCAUCUUCUUCUCUAAGGAAGAAGUCAGACCUCCGAGUGAUUCAGAAGGUUCCAUACAAAGGUCUCAAAGAUUUUCUCACCAAUCUCCAAGAAGUCAUCCUCGGCACUAAGCUUGCCAUUCUUUUCCCGGCCAUACCUGCCGCCAUUAUCUGCACCUAUUGUGGCGUCAGUCAGCCGUGGAUAUUUGGACUGAGCAUGCUAGGACUGACACCUUUGGCUGAACGAGUCAGCUUUCUGACAGAGCAACUAGCUUUCUACACCGGUCCAACAUUGGGUGGUCUAUUGAACGCAACGUGUGGAAACGCGACUGAAUUGAUAAUCGCGAUUCUGGCACUGACCAAUAAUAAAGUCGCAGUGGUGAAAUAUUCGCUGUUAGGUUCGAUUUUGUCAAACCUUCUCUUAGUUCUCGGGACUUCACUUCUCUGCGGCGGAAUCGCUAAUAUCAGGAGGGAGCAGCGGUUCGACCGGAAACAAGCGGAUGUGAACUUCUUCUUACUCCUAAUGGGUUUGUUGUGUCACUUGCUCCCAUUGAUGUUCGUAUACGUGGCAACCGCAGAGACUCCAGCUGCUCUUGUUUCCGACAUGACACUGACUCUGUCGCGAGGCAGCAGUAUUUUUAUGUUGAUCGGUUACAUUGCAUAUCUCGUUUUCCAGCUUUGGACUCACCGCCAAUUGUUCGACGCACAAGAUCAGGAAGAUGAGUAUGAUGACGAUGUAGAAGAAGAAACCGCGGUGAUUAGUUUUUGGAGCGGUUUUGCUUGGUUGGUUGGGAUGACACUAGUCAUCGCAUUGCUAUCCGAGUAUGUUGUUGCCACCAUUGAGACCGCAUCGGAAUCAUGGAACCUAUCAGUAAGUUUCAUAAGCAUCAUAUUGCUUCCCAUUGUUGGAAAUGCGGCUGAACACGCUGGAGCCAUCAUUUUUGCCUUUAAGAACAAGCUCGACAUAUCAUUGGGAGUUGCAUUAGGCUCUGCGACUCAGAUUGGCUUAUUCGUCGUACCCUUGACCAUAAUCGUGGCGUGGAUUCUAGGAAUUAAUAUGGAUCUGAACUUCAAUCUCCUCGAAACCGGUUCUCUUGCUCUUUCCAUUAUCAUCACUGCCUUCACAUUACAGGAUGGGACUUCACACUACAUGAAGGGACUGGUCCUCUUGCUUUGCUAUUUCAUUAUUGCCUUCUGUUUCUUCGUUGACAAACUUCCUCAGAAACAACCAAAUGGUUUUCACAUGGGACUUCAACAGAUAAACAAUUUUGUCACUGGAAUCACUGGAACAGGAGGAGGAGCUUCCUCAUCUUAAAUGAAGACAAGUAUGAAGUACCAAUGUUUUUUUUGAGACAACAUUUCCAAACGUCGACAAUGGAGCAUCGAAAAGAAAAACAAAAAAUUAAACCCCAAAUAUUCUUGAUUCGUUUUAUGAAAGAUUUGUCAGAGAGAGAUUCCAGUGUUAUUUCAUAUUUUUUGGAUGUUGGGUGUCUUGAUGAAGAUGAGUCUUGAUAAUUUUCUCAACUCCUCUUGUGGGUUUUGGCCAAUUGAUGUUUUGAUGUUGUCUCUCUAUCUCUUUAUGUUAAUGUUUUUUCCCCUGAGCUGUUAAAUAAAAAUUGUUUGAUUUCCAAA